AUGCGGGAGCCGGGCUCUCACUCCCACUCCGCCAUGUCCUUGUCAGGAAAAGCUGCCGCUGCCUCCUCCUGCCUCUCCUCCCAGUGCUUCGACCUCCUGACCAGGUCCUGCGUCAAGUGCUCCGACUUGUUCAAGGACAACACAACAGAGCCCACCCGCCCAGCGCCCACCUCCGCCCCAGCGCCCACCCUCCCCUCAGUGGACCUGCCCAGCACCCUCCUGAUCUUCGGGGUCCCGGCAGUGGUGGGGGUCAUCCUGGCUCUGGCUGCCCUCUGGGGCUUCCUGGCCUGCAAGGUGGGGAAGCGGAGGAGGAAGAGGAAGGCAGCGGACGAGGAGGCCGAAGCAAACAUGGAUGUCGCCAACCCCCUGCCCAUCCUGGGCUGCCAGGACCCUGCCCUGCCAAAGGGAGAUGUUGCCGUGGCCCCGGCCCCGUGCCGACAUCUCAACGGAGGCCUGAAGAUGCCAGGUCCACCUGGGAAAGCCAUGGCAAAGCGGAGGCCGUGCUGCCAGGGCGAUGCCGAUGGCGACAUUGUCCUGCUCUCCGCCGUGUACCCCCGGCACGAGGAGUGCAACCACAGCUUCCCGCUGCCCGCCACUGAGCUGGGGGCCACGGCCCUGGUCACCACCAAAACCACCCAGAACUGCACUGGUGAGGAGAGAGACUGAGGGCGGGGGGAACGGGGCCGGAGCACUCCGGCUGCCCCCUGCGGAUGCCCAGAACCUGUCACCCUGGGGUGGGCGAAGCCUUGCUGAGAUGUGAGCUGUCUGAGGACCAGGUUUUGCCUCGAGCAAGAUCAGCCAGCUACGAUGACUGCCCUUUUCCACUCCCCCAUUUGUGCUGGGUCCCAGGUUACUCCUGUAAGCGCUGGAGGAAGCCGAAGCGGAUCACGCCAAGUUACACCCAGCUGCUGACAGCGGCUGCGGCCAUGCUGUCAGGAGGAGGCAGAGGAGACGCGGCUGGCAGGGACAGAGCGUGGC